AAAAAUGGACAGUCUCCCAGUCCCCCCCCUGCAAGUGCUGGCUAUCCGCGCGUCAGUUGCUCCUGAACAUACGAGCUGUGCGAAGGGAUUCUGAUACUGGUCACAAGUUUCAACUGGAGAACUGGAGCCAGGAGUUGAAAUUGCUGCUCCGUCCGCUUCCGGCAGGUGUCGGAGCAUCCCUGCGCUCACAGAGAAAUCCUUGCACAAACAGGACCCUGCGUUCCUUGGUCGAUGAAAGGAGCGAAUUGUCUCUCGUUAGAAAUCGUUGCCAGAGAUUAAGCGGAGGAAUUUGAAUCGAAGUGACGUGAAGGAAUAUCGAGCCGACUGUUUAGGAAGAAGAUGCGAAGGAAAGAAUGCCCAGAAGAAGACUCGCGAAAGGAAAGCGCGACGCAAGCCGCUGUCAGUAAUUCCGUUUGUGAUACUAAGAGGACCCCUCAACCAUCCUCUGCGCAAGCGAAGAUGCCGCCCAAAGAUAGCAAAAUCUCACGGCCCGCGCAAGGGCAAGUUCGCAAGAGGCGCAUACUUCCUAAGGCUCUACCGAUUGAAGGAAUGCGGGAAGCGGCUCAACUAGCUCGCAGUUAUAUUCGGGCUAUAGAAACGCAGAAUCAAGAGAAUCAGAGGCAAGCUUCCGAUGUAUUCGCGUCACGAGUUAUGGCCAUCCCUUACGAGCAUCUCCUACAAUAUCCGGGAUCUAUGGUAAAUGCUCACUCCAAACCUUUUCCCCAAGACCUGUCCCUCAUGAAUCAGCUACACGCAAAUGGAACUGUGCCUGCUCACCUGCUUUGUGCUGGUGCUAUGACCGUCAACAAGCGACCAUUCUUGGCAAAUGCUGCCGAAGAAUCAAGACUGAAACGUCUCAGGAAGAUCGUCAAUUCGACGACGCUUGAGACGCUGGGGCAUCAAGCGGCUAUAGCCAAAUAUGGGGGAAAUCACAGUUCUCCAUUGCUUCCAUCUCCUGCUGCGGCUUACAGCGUCCUUGACUUGAGACACGAGGACCCUAAUUUCCACUUUCAUCAAAAACCUCUUUCCGCCCAUUACUCCAGCGAACCUCCCUCUCCCACACCCCGCAAAGCGUCCACGAUGAGUAAGCUCAGUCCAGACAUGAGACUCGACAGUUCAGCCUUUCCUACUUCAAAGAAUCUGGAAAGUUCUGGCGGGUUUUGUAGCUCCGAGGCGAAGCAGAUGUCAAAAUGUUCACAAGUGCCCAGUUUACCGAAAAGUUCUUCGGAAAGUCAUCGCAACUCUAUUCUUCAACCCCCCUUCAAUCUCGGCUUUGCUCAGUUUGACGGAUUUCGUAGUGGGAUUUCGCUUCACCCUCAAAACAGCAACCUGAAUGCCGUGCGCUUGGAGACCAGAUCACACUCUUUGCCAUCACAUUACAACGGUGAGCAUAAUUCACAGCUGAUGACUGAUGCUGCCUAUCUCAGUCAAGUAAAUCAUGUUGGUAGUGAGAUGCCAGUAGGACUUGCUCACCUCCGCAGGCCAGAGUUGGCCACUUAUCUUGGUAAUCUGACCGCAUUACGGAAUCUUCCGCACCAUGAAGGCAGCGGGCAUAUUGGUUCUGCACAGAAUCUAGACAAUGCUCACCGAUCGAACUCCUUACACGGCAAUCCAUCUGCAGGCAUUCUGCCACUUCCAGGGAGCGCUGAACUUAAUGGGAAUGGCAACAAUAUGAACGCCCUCGCCUAUAUGCAUCAGGACGCCGGUAUUCUUCCCCUUCCUGGCAGAGCAGAAUUGGCCCAAAUUGCUUCACUGCAGCAGGGAAUUGCUGCUCACGCAUUCGGCAGCAGUCAGUAUGCUCUAGGACAGGCACUUCAGCUCCAAUCUCUUCCAAUGCAAGGUGACGUUGCUUCUCUGCAACACGAGCUUUCUGGUCAGAGAUAUUCUGGUGGGCAACAACCGCUCUAUCAGUCUCCUCAGAUGCAAAAUCACCUGCAGUAUCUCACCCAAGACCAUUCAGCUCAACGAAGCUUGGGGAAUCAUCACCAGCUCUUGCCACCUCUUACAUUUCAAACUGACCUGGCUACUCUGCAACAGGACCUUGCAGCUCAACAGUACAACGCCGGUCAUCAACCCUUCGUAUUGCAAGGAGACUAUAAUGCUUUGCAGCAAGAACUCUGUGCACAAAGAAUGCAGAACUCUCUAAUGCACCCUCUGCCGCUGCAAACCGACUUGGCCUCUUUCCAACAUGAGAUUCUUACCCAAAGACUCCAUGCUGGCCAGCUGCAGUGUCUGCAAUCUUAUCCCAUUCAUGGUAAUCUGGCAUUGUUGCAGCAAGACAUUGCCGCUCAUGGUUUGAGUGGAGGACAUCAUCCAUAUUUGCAGUCUUUGCCUGCGCAUGGUGAGCUCAGUGCGCUUCAACAGGAACUUGACUAUCAGAGGUUGAACGGUGGUACGCAUCCUCUUGUGCAAGCUUCAUUACAACAGCUCUCGGCUCAAAAUUAUAAUGGUGGUCAGCAUCCUCUACUCCAGACGCUUCCUAUGUAGAUAUAUUGUAAAGAGAAGGUAUUUCAGUCGUGUACUGCCUCGCUGCUUGUCCAAGAAAAUCUUCGACGACUAGUUUUGGAAGUGCUGAGUAAGGCUGCAAUUAACAUCUUCGGCACCCAACAACAAUGUCGAAAUGAUCUUGAAGAAGUUGGUUAUCGGAGAACCUCCAUGAACUUUAACAUGUGCAGUAGUACUUCACGAUCAGAUGUUUUCAUCUUAAACACAAGGUUUCAUUUAUUGUCUCUUCUUGUAUGUAUAUCCUCUCGAGAUCUAGAAAUCAAUUGUCUUCGAAAUCCAAUCUGUUAUGACAAGUUGGCCAACUUUGAAAAACUGCCACUCUUAGCUGGUCCGAUUUACAAUAGAACGAAUCAAACCGCCGAUCCACAUGCAAUCAACAUAGUCCAAACCGCAUUUGAGAAGUUGAUCAACGGUAGCAUAUGUCUUUCAUAUUGAGAAGCUUCCGAGAUCAUUGGUACAUCUUGAUGAAAAUGAGGAGAAUAUAUCAUCACAGUAAACAAAUUGAAUUUAAUAUGUAAGAUUUAGGGAUACUAGAGACAAUUUUCUGGAUUGUGCCAGAAAUUGCUUAUAAAUGAUAAAUUGUCCAGUUCAAUGGAAAUG